GAUUCAAGUAUAACAUGUACAACAAUAUGGACUCCAACAUUUUAUAUUGAUGAAACGGCACUUUUAACACGAAAAACGUAAACGCUGAUGGACUAGUCUUGUGAAGAUAUAUAUGGAUGAAGAUUAUAAACUUCUCGUAGCUGCGAUCGACUUUGGCAGUACAACAGCUGGAUAUGCCUUCUCUUUCCGACAUGAAUACCGAAAAGAUCCCUUAGAUAUUUCUACUUUCCUUUGGACCACUGGAAAUCAUGAUAUUGCUACAAGUAAAGCUCCAUGCUCUGUUCUGCUGGACUUAGAGAAGAGAUUUAUAGCAUUCGGAUAUGAAGCUGAAGAUAAGUAUGAAGGAAUACUUGCUAACAAUCUCCAAGAUGAUUGGUAUUACUUUAAAGGAUUCAAAAUGUUACUAUACAAAGCUAUUGAGAAUGGGGAGGAUAUUGCCAGAGAUUUCAAGAUUGACGAUGUGGGAGGGAAAUCUAUGUCUGCACGACGUAUAUUCUCCAUUGCUAUCGGGUAUCUACGUAGACAUUUAUUGAUACAGCUCCGUGAAAGGAAUGUUGGAUUACACGAAAGUGAAAUUUGGUGGACUAUUACAGUACCAUCAAUAUGGACUGAACCUGCUAAAGAGUUUAUGAUGCAAUGUGCGGAAAAGGCUGGUCUAGAUCGACAAAAGGUUUCCAUAUUGUUUGAACCAGAGGCAGCUUCAAUACACUGCAGGCUACUUCCUGUUGAUAAAUUUAUUGGAAAUAACAAAGUGACGAGUUUUAAAUCAUUCGAAGCUGGUAGAAAAUAUAUAGUUGUUGACGCCGGCGGAGGUACUGUAAAUAUUUCCACACAGGAAGUUAGUCGUGGAGAGGAGAUCGAUAUGCUUUAUAAAGUUUCUGGUGGACCAUGGGGUGGCGACAAAAUUAAUGAAGAAUUCAUGAAGUUACUAUGUAAUGUAUUUGGAGAUGACAUCAUUCAACAAUUUAGAGACUUUAAUGGACCGGAUUACUUAGAUUUAACCCGACAAUUCGAAUUAAAAAAGAAGACGUACAACAGAUUUUUGAAAAAUGAUAUUGUCAUGAGGCUUCCUUUCGAACUCUGUGAUCUUUUUGAGACAUAUACUGGUCGAAAAAUAGAAGAUGCAAUCUGCAAGUCAAAAUACUCUGGUAAAAUAAAGUUCAAAAAGUCUAAACUAUGUCUUUCGCCUGAGGUGUUUGAAGAUCUUUACGCUGACAUUGUAUUAAACGUAACACAAGAAAUAGGCAAAAUCUUAAACCAUCCCCGAUGUAAAGAUGUAAGCGCUAUAUUAAUGGUUGGAGGCUUUUCUGAAUCUGAAAUUUUACAAUUGGAAAUUAAAAAUGCAUUUCCAGAUUUACAGUUCUUUAUUCCGAUGGAGGGUGGUCUUGCUGUCCUUAAGGGUGCGGUCAUUUUUGGACAUAACCCAAGAACAUUUGGCACUAGAUUGUGUAAUUUUACCUAUGGCGUCAAUGCCAUGCUGCCUUAUAGUAAAAGACGUCAUCCUGAAUCUCAUCGUGUUAUAUGGAAUGACAAGCCGUAUUGUUCCAAUAUAUUUCGUGUACUUUUUAUUGUAAAUGAAGAAAUAAAAGAAGGCGAAGUAAGAUCUAUUCGUGUUAUAGAUGCGUUUGAGACCGAAGAAGCUCAAGAAAACAGGUUAUCCCCAAUAAGAGUUCAAAUAUUCGCUAGUGAUGAAGAAGAUCCUGUUUACACGACUGAUGAAGGCUGUCGAUUACACGCAGAAAUAGUUGUAUCACCACCAGACGGAAAAUGGCCUCGGCGUGUUUUUGGAACUGUUGAAUUAGAAUUUGCCGGAACUGAAAUGAUAGGAACUUAUAUAUCAGAUGACACAGGCGCAAAAACGUGCGCUCGAUUUGAAUAUUUGCCGUCUGUGUCUACUUCAAGAGCAUCUUCUGCAAGAUCAAGGCGGGACAGUUUACGUUCAAAAGGUAUUGUUGAAAAUCAUUUCACUUCAAAAGCGACUUUACGAACGAUUCAGGAAGAAGAUACGUACUCAAGAAGAAGCAGAAAGUCUACGGAUAAAAAACAAAUGGGUUCCUCUGUAAGCCUUGACACAAUUUCAGACGAUCAAAGUUUUAAAGGCAGUUUCAUGCUUAACAGAGGAAAUCUUUAUAAACACAACUCUAGGACAUCCAUCUAUUCGGAUAAUGAAGGAAAAGGUUCAACAGCAAGUUUAAGACAACUAGUUGCAUCGACUACUAGUAUAAAUACUACAGAUUCCGACAACGACGAAAUCAAAAUUGAAGUAGACUAGCUUAUACAAAUGAAUUUUUGUUUUGUUGUUCAAAGUCUUUAAAAAAAUUAGGACAUUAAACUAU